UCCGUUAGAGUCAGUCCCCCGGGACGGGCGGCCCGGAGCCAUGUCACCGCCGAGGCAGCGCUGACACGGCUGUGCUGAUCUCACUGUGAGUUUGCCCUUGCCGAGAAUGUCGGAGGAGACGCCAGGUCUGUUGCUGCUGUCCACUCUGGGCUGUAUGAAAAAUUAUAGCCAGGUCACACUGACUGGUUGCUCAAAGGCCUUGCGGGAAAACGUGCUGUAAGGAGGACUGUCCAAUUAGCAUCAGAGCCAGGAGAAGAAAAAAGGUCCGCACAGCGAGAGCACUGUCAGGCACAAAGCUGCUCGGGGGUCACCAGCCCAAGUACAGGAUGAUUUAGAAAGCAUAUUAGUGUUGCUGGCUAGUGCAAACGUCAUAAGAUGCUCAGCUGACUCUCUCCCUCUUCCACCAGUCUUGGAGCUGCAAGGCUUUUUCCAACCCAUGUGAUACCACUCAAUUGAAUGUCUUUGAGGGAGAGAAGAUUUCCUUGGAAGUUCUGCAGAGUCCUGGCAAUCUGUGUCCAGUAAUGUUGUCACCAUCUCUCAACGAACCGGAUUGGUGCUUCAAGAACGUGGGAUCUCCCCUCAGAACUCCAAAGAAAUUAAUGUGCAUUUCCAUUCAGUCAGCUGAGGUUUUCCAGGUGCUUUCAGUGAUGCCGGGAGACAACAACAAUCCCUGUGAGUGAUCUUCCAGAUUAAUUUAUGUUACAUUGCUGAGGCAUUCCCAAUGUUUUCAUUGGUAGCACUAGCUUUUCUGGAGAAGGAACUCUUUUGAGAUGACAAGGAAUACUCAUGCUCCUACAGCCAUCUCUUCUUCCAUGUCUGAUCAAAUAGAUACUUCUCCCUGGCUAUCAUUUGUACUACUAGACUUUUUAGAGGUUUUUUCUCUUAAAGGUUCAGCAGUAGCCUGCUUCACUGAGUGCUCUGCUCUCAUGGUAGACUUUUAGGGACUUUUGGAGACAUUAGUUCUGUUUUCUAGCAGAGAUAUUUUGGCUAAUGGGUUUCUUGAUUAAUUCUACUUUGUUGAUACUCAUUUUCUGAUUAGGCAAAAAUCUUUUUGUCUCCUACUUCUGAUGUAAACUUUUGAUAUUUGUAAGAACUCUUCAGAUUUUCUUACUUCAGCCCUAUUAAUUUAUGCUGAUGGUCUCAUGCCAUUGCCAUUGAAGCCAAAUAUCAUUUCAAGGUGUACCUUUGUAACAGGAGCAAACAUAAACCAAAGAUAAUCUGAAAGUAUUUUUUCACAGAUAAAAGUGUGUCUGACUGCAAUUUCAACAGGACAUUCAACAAUCUCCUCAUGACUUUUGAGAAGCCUGAAUGCUCCUAACUUAUUUUUUUUUCCUUCCUCACUCCAUCCCUUUAGGAAGGAGAGUGCUUAGAAGUAGAGGUUGCAUAAACUAUUUCCAGCCACUGGAAAAAACCCCAACCCAAACCAUACCAAAAAACAAAACAAAACAUGCCAAGAAAUGAUAAAAAAUUUUAUUCAUUAAUACUUUAUAUAUAAAAUAUAGAUUUUUCUUCUUUUUUUUCCUUAACAUGAGGACCUGCCUCUGGUAUCUUUAAUUCAUUUUAACGUCUCUUGAUCAACAUUUGUGAAAACCGAUUUCAGGCUUAACUCUGCUCUGCUUUGGACAGUGUAAUUUGAAGCUGAGGAAGUUAUUUGGAAUUUGUAGGCAUGGACUGGAAUUGUGGUUUUGAUUGCUAACUUUCCGUUUCAGAAUCAGAAUGUAAAAAUGCAUGUGUGUUACAUCAGGCAGCUUUUACAAUUAUUUAGUUCUUUAUGGGAUUUGAAAAACCUCUAGACAUAGGUUUCAAUCUUAGGUAAAUAUUAAUGUAAUUCUGAAAAUUCCACUGAACAUCUAUGCAUCUUUUAUAUAACCUGCCCCUUUCUGACCUCAAUAAAAGUGUUAUUCUGCCUAGAGAUAAUUUCUUCUAGGAACCUUUAUCAUAAAUACCAAGAAAUGAACUCCAGAUAGUAUAAUAACUUUCAGAGAGGGCAAACUGAAGUCCUGAGUUUCAAUGCAAUCAAACAGUAAAUGGAAUCAGAUAGUGUAGGUUAAGCUAUUAAUGCACACAGUUAAACAGUACCUAUUUUGGACCCAUCAUUUAAUUGUCUAGUAGAAGGGUUCCCUGUCCCAACUCUUUUUUGACCAGAUGUCUGUAUAUUUAAUAGACCUCAACAUCAGGUGAAGAGGCAUCUGGAAUAGGAAUGUGCAGGCUUUACAUCAUCUCAACCCCAGUCAGAAAUCAUAGAUGCUGUAGCUUAGUUCAUAUUCAAAUAUUAAUUUUUACUGCACAUUAGACACUGAAGGAAAUGCAGCAGAGAGAAAAUAACCCUCUGAAAAUGGAAAAGUGGAUUAAAAUUCACCAGCCAUGAGCAAUACAUAGACCAGGGACCUGCUGUUAGUCAAGGUAAUAAGAAAAAGAAAACACAUUCUUUAUGUAAACAGAUAGCUUGUUGGAAGUCGUAAUUGUUGGGGAAUGCUUUUGUAAAAUACAGGAAACCUCUAGAUUUGCUACUGAAAAACUCCAAGUUCAGGGAAAGAAAUUCAAGCUUAAAAGCAGUGAAGCACUUGAGGAAAGAGAGCUGCUGCUGGCUUCUGUGACUAAGAUGAGGUAAGGCUGUGUUUUGUUUAAGUUAGGCUGGAAGAUGCAGCCUGUGCUUAGUACAUGUCUUGGCUUACGCAGCUCCACUGGAAAUGCUGGCCAAUAUUCCUGUCUUCAUUGCAGAGGAGAGAACAGCCAGAGGAAGUCUGCCUUGCCUUCCAGCUCCAGGUUGAAUUUGUAAGAGACUUUUUUCUGGACUGUGUGGCAGUCAGCUGCAAGGGCUGUUUUGGCAUUGGAUGGGGUACAUAGGCUGCAGAGGAAGUGCUGUGCUGGCAUCUAAGGGGCAAUGGCACAGGGGCAAGAUUUGCUUGCUGGGGAGUGUUUGCUUCCAGUCACUGGAGGGACAGCUGGGUAAAGAGGAAUGAAAUCAGAAAAGAAAAGCCUCCAGGAACUGCAUUAAAUAUUUAAGAAGGAUGUUACCAUUAAUAGCAUUAAACACAUACUAAGGUUAAGAAGGCUGAGAAGCCAAGCUUUGUCUAAGAUUCUUAUGUAGUGCCUCUCACCUGUGCAGGGGCAGAGAGCACUGGCAGUACUAGAAAGAGGUAGAAAACCCCAGAGUUUGCAUCUGCAAAGGCAGGAGGUACUUAUAUUUGAUUGAAGACAUAACUUCAGAGUUUUGCUGACUUCAUCUGUUAUAGUAUCAGUGCUCAUCAGUAAACGAAGCCUCUUGGGGAAUAUGGGCAGGCUGUGAUGUUCGUCUCCCAGAAGAGGAAGCAAGUAGCAGUUGCACAAAUAUCCUAUCUGAAGUGUCAAGGGCACUGGAAACCUUCACGCAGCAUCAAAAACUUUUGUGUAACAGAGCCAUACACCUAUUAAAUGAUGGAAAUGCUCACAGGAAUUGCCAGAAUGAACAUUUAGCAAGUUUUCUACAGUAUUUUUGCAUUAUCUGUUUGGAAUUUAAUUCCAUAUAAUUUUUUUCUAUGAGAAAGGGGCAUUGAAGAGGCAGAAAGCUUCUCUCCAGCUCUCACCAUCAUUUCCAGUAGUCAAUGUUUGUUUACACAUCAAGGAAGAGCAAGAAAAAGUAAGAAAGUGACAAACAGAUGAUGUCCACCCUAGGUGCAGCAGAAGUCUCCCAUGCUCCCAGUCUCCCAGUGCUUCCCAUUUCAUGGCCUACAGAGAGCACAGCCUAGGAAACAAAUUCUUUCAUGAAUAACAUUUCUACCAUUCAUUCUGCUUUUGUUUUUCUCCUUCAGAAAUAUGCUUACAAAUAAUCAUCCAAAUCUUAGCUGCCCCUCAAAAUGCCCUCAGGCUAAUGGAAACACUUUUUUCUGCUGCAGAGCACUCUGAGGUGGGAGGCAGAGGCAUUUCCCUCCCAAAGUGCUGUAGCAGUUUGCUAUGUGGUGUGCAGUUGAUGAAGCCUAAAGAUCGACUGGGUUCAACCUACCGCAAUUCACUGAUUCCAAAUUCCUUGUGAGGAAACAGACCUGGAAAACCACUAGCUAUGCAGGUGUUCAUGCCCCCACAUACAGAUCUUUCAUACCUCAGCUACAGGUGUGAAAAGAGUGGAAUUCCCCGUGUUGAACUGUGCUUGUUUGUCUCCAAACUGAUGAUUCUUCCUUUGCUGAGGACAGCCAGUCUCUGGUUGUGCCUGCACAUCAUAUCUCUGACUUUGGGGUGUGGAUAUGUUGUCUGCCUUUCAGGAGCUGAAUUCUGCUGAAAGAGGGGACACUUGGAGGCUUUGGUUUCUUUAUGCAAGGACUGCCCAGAGUAAGUAACCCGAAUAACUUUGCCUUAUCUAUGAAUUAAGCAGCAGGAUGGUCAGUCCACAUAAACAACCCUUGAAGCUUUUUCCAACCUGUUUCACCCAGCUGCUCUUCCAAGAAGCCUGCGCUUGCGCUUAACAGCUGUUUCUUCUUUUACGUCCAUACUGGCACAGAUUCAGACAUGGAUAUCACCAUCAGCCAUGCAAGAGUCCCAGUCCCAGUGUGAUCUCUGCUUCCUGGAACAGGUUAGCAGCAACCACCAGGACAGCUACCCCAGAUCCAUGGACAUGUUACCGUGGCACUUUCUGACCUACCACACUCCCUGCCCCAAGCAUGAGUUUGUUGUUUCUCCUGCAAUAUCAGAAGCAGGUGAAUAUUUUGGGAAAACAUUACAAACCAAAAAGGGGCUCGUUCGGCUUUGAUAGAACUUCUUCUUCUUCCACAGGUGAAAAACACAGGCUGUUACUAUCUCCCACUCACCAUUUCUAAGCUGAGUACUCAGCACUUUCAUUUUGGUAGAUCCAGAAUAGCUUUCUGCAAUAAGAAAAAGCAGCAGUUCAAUGCCAGGACAAACAGGAUUUUACAUGCAGACUGAUGGAGAACUGGCUGACAUCCAGACUGAACAUCCAGACUGACAUCCAGCAUCUUAGAAGCUGCCGUUUGUGAAACUUUUCUGUUCUCCCUGCCCUUCCCCAGCCCAGCACCAAGAACUGUGGCACCUGGCCAGGGUUUGCUGACCUAUGGCUCUAAACUCAGACUGAGUGCACACUGCCAGCAAAUCAAAGUGGGGAAAAACAAGCAAGUGGCUACUGUGAGAGUCAUGGAUGGCAGGAUUACAUAUUCAUGGCCUCGUUGGGAUGAUCAAUUUUGCACUGAAGCCACCACAGAGCACAAACUGAAUUGCUUAUCCCACCCGCAGCUCCAGGCAGGUCCCACCUCAGAAGUGUCUUGUACAAGAGAGACAUGGAGCUUCUGGAGGGGGCCAGUGGAGGGCAACAAAGAUGAUAAGGGAUUGAAAUAGUUCUCUUACAAGGAAAGGCUGAGAUAGUUGGGCCUGUUCAGACUCAAGAACAGACAACUGAGAGGGGUCCUCAUCAAUGUGUGUGAGUAUCUAACGGAGGAUGCCAAAAAGAUGGAACCAGGCUCUGCUCAGUGGUGCCAGUCAGUAGGAUGAGGCAAAGGGCAGAAACUGAUGCACAGGAAGUUCCACCUGAAUACGAGGAAGAACUUCUUUAUUGUGUGAAUGAUCACACACUGGAACAGGUUGGCCUGAGAGGGUGUGAAGUCUUCCUCUCUGGAGAUACUCAAGAACCAUCUGGAUGCAAUCGUAUGCCAUGUGCUCUGGGAUGACCCUGCUUAAGUGGGGAGGUUGGACCAGAUGACCCACUCUGGUCCCUUCCAACCUGACGCAUUCUGUGGGGAGAGACGUCCGAUCCCUGCGCUGCCAAGAGAGCCGGCGGCACAGAGAGCGGCACGGGGCCAACCCCGGGCCCUGCGCCAGAGCACCCCGGCACAGGUCCUGCGGCAGCCCGACUGCAGCCGUGCCGUGCCGUGCCGUGCCGUGCCGUGCCGUGCCGUGCCGCCGCCGCCAGAGGCCGCCAGCAGGGCGGAUCCCGGUGCUCGGCGCGCUCGGAGGCGCCGGCGCUGCGGCGGGGCCGCCCUGCUCUCGCCUCUCCGCGGGGGAGCUCCGGGCCGGGGCUGCCGCGGGGAUGCGCGGCGGGGCGGGCGGGCACAGCUGGCGGCGGCCCUGGGACCGGGACCGGGCUGCAGCGGAGGCGAGGGCAGGGCUGGUGUGAGCCCGGCGGCCACACGCAGAUCCGGCCCCUGCGCGGCGAGCCAGCGGCGGGAUGAGGUGGAGCAGGAGGAGUUAGUCAGGGGCUGAGUCACCAUCGAGUUCGACCCCGGGAUGACAUCUAAGGAUGCUUCAGGUGAAGCUAAUAGUAACUGGAGAUGACUUUGGCUAUUGUCCUCGGAGAAACCAAGGCAUCGUGGACUGUUUCCUGGCCGGUGCGAUAUCUAACGUGUCCCUUCUAGUCAACGGAAGCGCUGCAGCAGAUGCAGCGAAGCUGGCAAGGAGGUACAGCAUCCCAAUAGGCCUUCAUGCCAACCUUUCUGAGGGCUCCCCUGUGUGUGAGGUGCUCAAAACAAACUCUUCUCUGCUCAACCAAGAUGGAUUCUUCCAUGGAAAAAUGGGAUUCAGAACAGCUCUAUCAAGAGGUCUCCUGAACAUGUCAGAGGUGAAGCAGGAGCUAAAGGCCCAGGUGGAGCUGUUCCAUGAGCUGACAGGUCACCUACCUCCUCACAUGGAUGGGCACCAGCAUGUCCACGUCCUCCCAGAGGUCAGGCAUGUGUUUGCAGAGGUGUUAGAGGAAUAUGGGAUUAAGUACACUCGUGUCCCAGUAGAGCCAGGCCUUCAUAACUGUGACUGGAUUCCACCAUCCCUGAUGGACUUUUAUCUGGGAGUAGAAGAAGAUUCUUUUAACACAGUGGAUGUGUUUACAAAGCAUGGAAUAAGGUGGCCUGACAUUUAUAUAGGCCUGAGCACCAUGGGCAAGAACAUGUCUGUGAGCAGCAUCUGGAGUGCCAUCAACUCUGCCAUCGUGGAGGUCACAUCCAGGGCGCCCUCGUCUGCACACCCAGCACUGCAGAGCAGGACAGUGACCAUUGAACUGAUGGUGCAUCCGGGGUACCCCAGUGUCCCACCCGUUGGUGGCUGUGGGGAAGGACCAGAUGAUUUCUCCCAGUCCUGGGAGCGCCUCCAUGAACUCCAGACGUUAAUUAAGCCGGAGCUGCAGAGCCAUUACAAAAGCAGGAACAUUCAGCUGUGUUCAUUCAAAGAUCUUUAAAUAAAUGAGCAGACAUCCACCCACCCACCCACCCAUCCAUCCAUCCAUCAAUCCAUCCUCUGAAGCCAGGUAGUUGCUGGUGUCCAGACAAGCCAGACCACUGUUACCAGUGUCACACUCCCUGGCACAGCUGACAGGAGCUGACAACAGCCUGGGAAUGGAAGAGCAUUACCCUGUGAGCAGCUCCAGGCAGUGCCCCAGAGCCACGACUGCCAGUUUUUAGGCCACAGCAUCUGCUCUGAAUGUGACAUACCCCUUCUAUGACACCCCAACGCAGUGCAGGACAGCGACCAAGGCCCAGCUGCCUCCCAGGGCUCAGCUCCUGUCAACAAAGGAGCAGCACAGAGGUGUGCUCUGUUGUGAGACGCUUUGCACCAUCAUUUCUCUUUUUAGACUUAAUGGUCCAUAGGUACCAUAGGUACCAUCAUUUCUCUUUUUGGAUUUAAUGGCAAAAAAAAUAAACAUUCUGGAGGAGCAGGUGCUGCUUUGGAGCAGCCGCUUGGUGUAGGUCAUGGGAGGCCUGGAAACCUUCAGCAUUUGGUUUUCCCAAAGCACUGUCAUGGUCCCUGCCCCUCCACUUAUCCCUGCUCGUAGAUGGGGAGAGGUGCAGGGCAUGUCACCUUCAGAGUAUUCCUCUGCUCAGAGCAGUCAGAUAAUACAUGUGGCACAGUGGGAUCUGCAGCCCCUUCCAGGAGCCACCUCAGCCAGCAGUAAUUUUGUCCCUGCCUAUUUAUGUUGCCUCGUAGCAUUAAGCUCCUAUUGGAAAGUAACAUUGGCCACAGCCCUUUCAGAGGGGCUUUCUUAUUUUUUGGAUGACUUUGCAAGAACAGCAACUGUUGACCCAUCUGCUAUUUCAGUAACUGCUGUGUACAAGAGCAGCAGCAACUGAUCCUGUCCCACCCACUGCCCCUCAGGACAAACACAGGGACAGCCCUGUGCCAGCUACAAGCAGGUCUGCAAGGGAACAAGGUCCCUGUAUCUGUCCCUUUUAUUCCUCCCACCAAAGCAUUUGAACUCCAAUAAGCCCCAGCAAUGCUUCACGCUCUUAACUGCAGCCCUGUCACUCCUAUAGAACUUUCACAUGGGGAGAAAUUAUUUUAGACUGUUUAUGCUCAUUUUCUGCACAUAAGUGAUUUAAUGUAAUCGGUUUUGCUAACUAUGUUUUUUAAUAUUAAAAAUGUCAAUAUGAUUGUCAUUCUUUUAAAUGAAAAAUAAACUCAGGCCUUUUCUAUUGCAGUG